AUGGAGCAAACAAAUCUUGAUAAAUCAUUUGGAAAAACACUAUUAACACUGAGUGUUGUAAAUAUUGAACAUAAAGAAAAUUUAAACAAUCAAUCCAGUUCAUUUGACGAUGAAGCUAAAGCUUUUACUCAAGACAAAGAAAUAAUUGUCGCUAAUAGAAUUGAAACAAAUGUUAUUAUUCAUUUAUCUCGUAAAAAUGAUAUACCUAUACCAUCAAAUAUAAUAAAUGAUCAUGAUUAUGAUAUGGAUACAGUAGAUCAUGCAAUAGUAACAAGUCAACCAUUAGCUAAAUUACGAGAGAAAAAAUAUGGUCAUUAUUUACCAACAUGGGAGCAACAACAAGAAUCGUUCUAUAAAACAUACAUUUGA